UGAGGGAGAAGGGUGGCGGGGCAUCUCAUAAAAGGUAUAUACAUCCACCCCGUAUCCUCUACCUUCUCCCACUUCCUUCUUCAUCGUUGCCAACCAUGUUGCGCACUUCUCUCUCCCGUACCGCUUUCCGCCCAGCCAGAAAUCCCCACAUUCUCCCAAGGCGGUUCAACUCCACCCAACCCAGGCAAGGGAGCGCGUUCGUCUCCAACUUCCUCUCUGCUAUCCUGGGUGGUGGUGUCGUCCUCGGCGGUAUUUACGGGUAUUACCAUUGGUCCGGUGCGGCAAAAUUCGUUCAAGGGGCGCAGAAAUUCCGUGACAGCGCCGUGCAAGCGCGGGAUAAAGCCCUAAAAAACGUGCCGUCUACCUCACAGGCCAUUGCAUACCUCCGCCAGACCGCUCAUGCGUACACGCUCCUCAUCCCAGGCGGGAAGAAGUAUGUCGACGAGACGUUCGACAACCUCGAGGAGGCGAGUAGGAAGCAUGGGCCUGAGGUGGACGGGAUCAUCGGCAGAGCAUAUGCAGAGCUGAGGAAGGUGGUCGAUGAAGGUGAAGCGGACCUCGAGACUGCGAGGAAGGUCGCCGGCGUCUUGGCGCGGAGGGGGAAGGAAUUGGCGGAGUUGACCCGGAAGGCUGGAGGGGACUUCUUGGACAAGUACCCCGGGGCCGAGGAGGGGCUUGGGAAGGCGUAUGCGGAGAUGGAAAGGUUUGCUUUCCAAAGGGGAGAGGAGGGAAAGAAGGCUAUGGAGGAUGUCCGCAAGCAGCUGGGAGAGAUGCUCAGCAAGGGUGGAGCAUCGACGGACGAAGUCGUCAGCAAGGCUAAGGAGAUGCUGAGCCGAAGGCAGCAGGACCUGCGUGGGGUGGGCGAGAAAGUGUGGAAGGAAGGAAUGGACAGAGCCAAGCCGUACCUCGACAAGCUUCCUGAGUUGCGUAAAACUCUCGACGAGCACAGGGGCACAUUCGUUGGUGCCGUCUCUGGAAAGUCGGGUGAGGUAUGGGACCGGUUGCGCCAGGCUGCAGAGGGCAAGGAUAAGAAGAAGACUGUGCAGGAGUUUAAGGAUUGGGUUAAUGAGAAGGAGGAAGAGGCAACUGAGGCGGGCGAGGAGACGUGGGAUAAGUUGGAGGAGACGAUCAAGCUCCUCCCUGGGGGACAGGUGGCACUCGAGUCUACCCCCGAGCUGCAAAAGUACACGGACGCACUUAAGCAGAAGGCUCCAGAGGCAAAAAAGGUUGCGGAAGAGGCGUGGUCCGAGAUCCUGGCCGUGCUCAAGGAAAAGGGAAAGAAGAUCAAGCAGCUGGGAAAGGAGGGUAAAGAGGAGGUCAAGAAGUGAGUUGCUCGAGGAUGGGGACUGGAACCACCUGAAAGCUGCGUCUUGUACACUAGCGCUGGAAACGAA